AGUCUCGCGCUCCUCCGCUGCUCCACAGACCUUCAUUUCUCUAGACGCACAGAUCCGGAUCACAGGUGCACACGAACAUACCUCCAUCUGCAGGCGUUCAAAGAAGAAAAGGGAAUAUACAGUACACACAUCGCGUGUGAUUGUGCGAUGGCUUUAUAAGGCUGUGUUUGAGGAACAAUCGUCAGCAGAAUGUAUAGACAAGCGGCGAGAGAGACCUUCCUCAUCCUCUUCCUCAUCAUCAGCCUGAUGUGGCCCAUACAUUCAGAGAUCUCCAACUGCGUCAUAAAACGCGAGGAGGAGAGAUGCUUGGAGCGAAUCGCGCUCCACGACCCCAAAGACGACCAAAAAUUUGGUACAGAGUUUGGUGUGAAGGCUAAGCUUCACUGCACCAGGAACUUCAUCCACAUGAACCUGUUUGUGUCCUUCAUCCUGAGGGCCAUUUCUGUCUUUAUUAAAGAUGGAGUUCUGUAUGCAGAGGAGGACAGUGACCACUGCUUCGUUCACACUGUGGGCUGUAAAGCGGUGAUGGUGUUUUUCCACUACUGCGUGAUGUCAAACUACUUCUGGCUCUUCAUCGAAGGUCUUUAUCUAUUUACUCUUCUGGUCGAAACCUUCUUUCCAGAGAGACGCUACUUCUACUGGUACACCAUCAUCGGCUGGGGAACGCCCACCAUUUGUGUGACCAUAUGGGCCGUUCUGCGCCUUCAUUUUGAUGAUUCUGGCUGCUGGGACAUGAAUGAUAACACUGCCCUCUGGUGGGUGAUCAAAGGCCCUGUGGUGGCAUCAAUCAUGAUUAACUUUGUGCUGUUCAUUGGGAUCAUCAUAAUCCUGGUGCAGAAGCUUCAGUCUCCAGACAUCGGCGGAAACGAGUCCAGCAUUUAUCUCAGCUGUGCACAGAAAUGCUUCAGUGAGCCCACACAGGCCGUCCAGCAUUCGUGCAGGAUGUCAGAGCUUUCUACCAUCACGCUACGUCUGGCGCGCUCCACCCUUCUCCUCAUUCCUCUGUUUGGGAUCCACUACACUGUGUUUGCCUUUUCCCCGGAGGAUUUCAGCAAGCGGGAGCGACUGGUCUUUGAGCUCGGCCUGGGCUCCUUCCAGGGGUUUGUUGUGGCUGUGCUGUACUGCUUUCUGAAUGGAGAGGUGCAGUCGGAGAUAAAGAGGAAAUGGAGGAGUUGGACGGUGAACAGGUACUUUGCUGUGGACCUGAAGCAGCAGCGUCACCCUUCGCUAGCGAGCAGUGGGGUGAACGGGGGGACGCAGCUGUCCAUCCUCAGCAAGAGCAGCUCUCAGAUACGCAUGUCCAGCCCUCUGGCCGAGACAGUCAACCUCAACCUGCCAACCUGAGCGCCUGAUCGGCCCAAUCCCCCCUAAAGCCCCGCCCUUCAACUCACUCUCUUCACCUGCAGUAGGGACGACCAAUCACAAUUAGACUAUGAAAUAUUCAUGAAAUCCCUGGAUAUUACUUCACGAGAUCAAAAUUGAGUUUAUUUUGUUAGCUCACAUUGUUAUUCUUUAGGUGAACGAUUAAUCUGUGCAAGUUAAUUUUCUGAAUUUUAAAAAAAAA